AUGCAAGGAGCUGCGCAAUCUCUGAGAGCCAGGAAGGCUACUGAAAAGAAGGCGGCUAAGGAAAAAGCCGUUUUGGAGGCGAACUUCAGACCUCCUACUCCUCCCGAAGCCAACCCUGAGGUCGUUAUUGGUGCCGAGGCAGCUGAUGAAGCUCGGGAUAUGGUUUCGAUCGUUCCCGAGGUGGCCGGGCACGUCUCCCCUACGACCGACGUCCCCGAGGUGGUAGGGACUAUGGUCGUUGCUGCUCCAGCCGCCGAGGCGAAAUCCAAAACUAGGGGAAAAAGACCCCGAGAUGAUGGCUCGGGAGUUUCUAGGAAGGAAAAAAGGAGUCGUGGCGAAACUCCUCCAGUGUACAAGGACAAGAUCGCUUCGGCGAACUUUGUCGCUUCUUGCUCGGGUCCGCCACUGUCUACUCCUGAUGCCUUGUUGGAGGCUCAAAACUACCGUGAAACUGCUGCCGGAUUCCUGAAGGCCUUCCAUUCGAUGAAUUCCAUGGUUCGGGCCUAUGAUUCUGGAGCUCGGAAGUCCGAGCUGGCCCGUGAGAGAUCAGAGACGUCCCGAGCCGAGGUCGAAGCUAGGUUGUCCGAGGCGAUGGCGGCUAAACAGGAAGCUGAGGCGUUGGCUAAGGCCGAGAAGGUGGAGCGAUUGAAAGCUUCUGAGGAUAGCCUGCGGACUCAGAGAAAGCUUGAGGCCGAGGUCGAAAGACUCCAUCGGUUAUUUAACGAGGAGAAGGCUCUCCGGGAGAAGGAGAUUGUCAGAGAGAGGAGGGCAGCCAAAAGGGAGUUUGCCGAGAAGGUCAGCGCUAUCGAGGCGAAGAUGGACCAGUUCGGGGAGGUAUCCACGCGCUACAUGUACUUGGUGCAAGCGCGGGCCAAUGCCGAGCUGAUAGCCGAGCUGGAAGAAGGGAAAAGGAUGGAGGAUGAGAAGGCCGAGGUCCUUCAAUGGACCACUGAAUAUGGAGACGCCGAGGAUGAGUACGUUCGUCUCGGGACCGAGCUGCGAGAGGACUUGAAGCUUCCUCCGAUUUCCCCGGACUCUGUCGACGAUAGCUUCGGGAAUCGUUCGGUCAAGGGUGCCGUGGCUGCGAUAGGCGUUGCCGACCAGUCGGGUUCGAACCGAGGUACCGAGAGAGAAGGCCCACCUAUAUCUCUUAGAAGUGCCAAAAGACAAAAGCAAUCAGAUCCAAAGCAUUCAAAGAUAGCAACUCUAGUAAUUGAUAUCGUGGAAGAUCAAGGGGACGAACCAUCUUCGUUGAAUGAUGUGUCUGACCAUGAGGAAAUAGAGAUGGAUAUGAAAGAGGAUUCCAAACCUCUUCAACCAGAAAGGUUUUUCUUUAGUGCCAACGACAAUGACAUCAUUAGUACCUUGCAACCAUCGGCGGGUGAGGAAGCUCUUUUGCUUGACAUUAUGGAGCAAGCUGAUGCAUGGAACAAGCGUCUCGAUGUACAACAGAAAGAUUUGGUGGGAGGAUAUUUAUAA